GAACUUUUAUUAAUGAUUCGCGUCCCUAAACUGGAAUCAAGAGUUUAUCGAAAAAUACAGGUGUAUGCGAUUACGAAUAGAAAUAAGAAAGUUCAUGUUCCCAAUUCCCUUUACCUAUCAAUCAAAUCCCAAAUGUUCACGGUGUCAACAUUAGAAGACGACAUCUACCACGCAGAAAAUAUUGAGGAAGACAACUCAACGUGCAUCCCGCAUCUGAUUAAAGGGCAGUCAGCAAUCUGCGAUUAUGUGGCAAAUCCUUCGAAAUCAGAGGACAUCAAUGUCAACACGGGCAACAUCGUGAUCAGCACAGACCAAUGGUACAUCCUAGAUUCGACAUGUGGUAUUCAUGGGCGAAAUCUUACCGGAUCAAUAUCAAUAUCGUACGACUCUUGCGAUAUUUUGAUUAACAAGACAAUGGUUUCGACGCAAGUAAUAGACAUCCCCGGUUCACCGAUCCAUUUGCCGAUAUUUGGAAUAGAGGAUACACCUCGCAAUAAAGUGAUAAACCUGAGCAUCGAUUAUCUACACGAUCUACACAACGAUUUGCGAAAGCAUAUGAACCAGAUAAAGUUAGUUUAUCCUGGUGCUGGAAAUGGUCUGUAAGCAGUAUCAUUAGCACCCCGUUAUUGGUACUGAUAAUAAUUUCGGUGUAUGUGUACCUGUCGAAAAAGAAAAGUAACGUCAAGAUACAAAUCAACGCGAUGCCAGAUACUCAGACUCCACAAAAUAACGGAACGGAGACGUCGUCGACAAGUAGGAUGAUGUUAGCAUCGGAGUUCAAGCCGAUCACGAUGCAAGAACUGUUUCGUACGGAGCCUCAAAUUUAGGAGGGGGCGAGUUACCGUAUUCAACAUCGGCAACAUACAACAUCAUCAGCGGUACUCGACGACGAUGUAAUCCAACACCGCCUCGACCAUGGGACGAUCAACAUUUCGACGCCUCAGCAUUCCGGCCGGCCAACGCUGCUCCGACCGUGAGACCAGGAACCCGACGCCGGAACAUUCCUAACGUCACGUGGCCGAACCAACUCCUUGGUGUGACCGUGACCUCCUCCCCUUCCAUACCACUCAUAUAUCCAUAACUGUAAACUUAUAAACAUAAAAAUAAUUAUUAAGUUAGUCUUAAUCGGAUCCUCCAGCAAACAAGAGGCGAAUAAAGCGGAUCAUCCCCAACAUAAAAACAUUUUGAGUUUUAACUCGCGCGAUCCGAUGUUCCUUUUUAGUUGUGAUGACGUAGUGUGAAGCGGAGUUAGUUUUGUUUUGCGCUCAUCACACUGCACCGGGGAAAAUAUCGACGGAUAAAGGACCAGAUAAGAUGACCUUAUCAUCGGAGUACUAUACAUUCGUCAAAGCUACUGACAUUGGAAAGGAAAACACUGUUGUAAUCGUAAAAGAUGCUGAUCCCAAACCAUCAACGUCAGCGGCAGCAUUUCGAAUUCUUCCAAAUAGACAACCGUUGGAAGAGCUGCAUCAAGAAUACAAUUUUAUUUCCACAUCCACCAAUGUUGCAUCUGAAAGUGAAACACGUAUUCCUUGUGACAACGUCAAAAAAAGAAGACUAAGCCAAUCUGCGCAAGAUGAAGCAGAAGAUAAUGACGACGAGCUAACAUUCGCCAUGAAAAAACUUUAUGUGCAGCAGAUAAAAUCGUAGGAAGUCGAGUUUCUGAAAACGCAGCUCAACUGUAAGAUGGAAUUAUUAUUAAAAAACUCGGAUAGACAAACCCAAGCACUUAAUGAAGUCCUGGCAGCUAGUUGUCCGAGAGAAGGACUACUUCCUAGAACAGAACGCUGGAACCUUUGAAAACCGAAGAAGAAAUGAGGAAUUUUGAGGAGCGUUUAGAAAUGGAUAACAAUUGUAGGCAAAAUGUAGCGCGUUGGUUACAUGCGCAAAUUAUAGAUGCACAUGUGAAGCGACGUUUGCAUAUGUUAAUAGACUUAAUUUUUAGUAAGAACCUCUUUGCGAAAUGUAGCUCGACAGGGCUUAGACGCACUAUAGGCGAAAGAAAAAUAGAAUUACGAGCUUUCAAUAACAUCCUAGUUUUAUUUGAAACUAUAGGAAGUAACGCGAGUAUAUUUGUAAGUUCUAAUAACUUAGCUAAGUUUUUAAAAACUAAAUUAAAUCAUGCCCAUUCUCGGGUGCAUUUCGGUGAGGAAAGAAUAACAUUCUGCAAGGUAAAUGAAAAAAAGAAUUGGUAAGGAUUGCAUGUUUUGUAAGUGUUUUUUUAUUAGUUUGCCAUUAACAAAAUUCCAUUACUAACUUGUUCCAUAUUUUUUACAACAACAAUUCUUAUAAUGAAGUAAUAAAAUAAGUUAUAAUAUUAUUUUAAUAGCAUAGUUUAAAUUACCAAUACAACGUACAUGUUAAUAACAAUCAAUUAUUAAUGAGAAAACUUUAAGGAACUAGAUUUAUGUUAUCCUCUUUUAUUUAAUUUUUUUCAAUUUAAACGGCUUUAUUGUUUGACAGUGCCUCAUUUAUUGCAAAUAAGAAAGAAAAUAUUAUUUACGGUUUAUUAGACUAGUGUAAGAAUAAGUGGUAUAAAUAUUGCUUCAUUUUUACGAUUCGUAGCUACCGCAACUAAUUUACAUUUUAUUUCUUCUACGGACGUUUCCAUCUGAAACGCGGAUAAACUAUUUUUACAUCCUUUAAAGGUGAAUAUUUCGCUGGAUUCCAUCGGAUCAUCAAAUAUCAACCCUUUUACCUUUAGCUCAUAGCCUUGAAUUUUUAUUUUGCUUGUGUGU